AUGGCCCUCGGGGGACCCUCAAGGUCUCCUCCCUCUUCCACUGUAGAUGGAGAAACUCUCCUAGGCCAGAGGUCUCCACCCUCUUCCACUGUAGAUGGAGAAACUCUCCAAGCCCAGAGGUCUCCGCCCUCUUCCACUGUAGAUGGAGAAACUCUCCAAGCCCAGAGGUCUCCUCCCUCUUCCACUGUAGAUGGAGAAACUCUCCAAGCCCAGAGGUCUCCUCCCUCUUCCACUGUAGAUGGAGAAACUCUCCAAGCCCAGAGGUCUCCGCCCUCUUCCACUGUAGAUGGAGAAACUCUCCAAGCCCAGAGGUCUCCUCCCUCUUCCACUGUAGAUGGAGAAACUCUCCAAGCCCAGAGGUCUCCUCCCUCUUCCACUGUAGAUGGAGAAACUCUCCAAGCCCAGAGGUCUCCUCCCUCUUCCACUGUAGAUGGAGAAACUCUCCAAGCCCAGAGGUCUCCUCCCUCUUCCACUGUAGAUGGAGAAACUCUCCAAGCCCAGAGGUCUCCUCCCUCUUCCACUAUAGAUGGAGAAACUCUCCAAGCCCAGAGGUCUCCGCCCUCUUCCACUGUAGAUGGAGAAACUCUCCAAGCCCAGAGGUCUCCGCCCUCUUCCACUGUAGAUGGAGAAACUCUCCAAGCCCAGAGGUCUCCUCCCUCUUCCACUGUAGAUGGAGAAACUCUCCAAGCCCAGAGGUCUCCGCCCUCUUCCACUAAAAACACAUUCGUGCCUCUCACCAACACAUUCGUGCCUCUCACCAACACAUUCGUGCCUCUCACCAACACAUUCGUGCCUCUCACCAACACAUUCGUGCCUCUCUCCCACACAUUCGUGCCUCUCUCCCACACAUUCGUGCCUCUCACCUACACAUUCGUGCCUCUCACCAACACAUUCGUGCCUCUCACCAACACAUUCGUGCCUCUCUCCCACACAUUCGUGCCUCUCACCCACACAUUCGUGCCUCUCACCAACACAUUCGUGCCUCUCACCAACACAUUCGUGCCUCUCACCCACACAUUCGUGCCUCUCACCCACACAUUCGUCAUGCAUGAUUCUUUUUAUCUUAACCCGUACGAUUGCUCAAAUCGUUAUCUGUGA